AAAAAAAAAAAAAACAAAGUAAAAAAAGAAAAGAAAAGAAAACUCUUCAGUAUUUGUUUCAUAUUCAAACUCAAAACAUUACCUAAUAACACUUUACUUUCGAAUCCAGUUACCUCAAUCAAACCAUGUUUAAAGUGCAUUCUUCUUCUCGACAAUGGUUGGAAUCCGAUUACUUGCAAAUUUAUUUCAAAAGAAAAAAAAAAACAUUACCCAAUAAAAACCAAACACCUACCACCGGAACAAUAUUACAUCGAUGAAAACAGCUUAUAUUAGCACAGCACAGUCUCUUGCUUUUAUAACUCUUCAUCGAACCGUUCUUCUUCUUCUUCUUCUUCUUCUUCAUUUCCCAAUUUCCCAAAAGCAGAAUCCUUAAACCCUAGCUGAGAAUCUUGGUUUUGCAUUCGAUUUCAUUCGAUUUCGGAUCCAUGGCGACGACUUAUGGAGCUGCAACUACCACUGUGGUACCAAAUGAUCCAGAGAUUCGAGUGCACAGGUUCAUCGGCUUCAAACCUUCGCAUUCUCUCGCUUUCAACCGGAAUCCUCUCGUUUUUCUGGUUCCAAAAUCGACUCCAUCUGUUAGCAGAGCUGUUUCAACGCCAGUGAAGCCUGACACCCAACUGAAACUAAGCGCACUCCAUGGUGUUCUGAAGAAGGGCCCUAAGACGGUGAUGAGCAGUAUUAUUAGGAGCAUGGGUUCAACUCUUGGUGCGUGUGGUGAUCUCAACAGAAAUGUUCUUGCUCCUGCUGCUCCAAUUGCAGGAAAAGAUUAUCUUUUUGCUCAGGAAACAGCAGAAAAUAUUGCUGCAGUUCUAACCCCUCAGUCAGGUUUCUACCAUGAUAUGUGGGUGGAUGGGGAGAGAAUCAUGACAGCAGAACCUCCAGAAGUAGUGAAGGCUCGAACUGAUAAUACUCAUGGAACAAAUUUCCCUGAUUCACCUGAGCCCAUUUAUGGAACUCAGUUCCUGCCAAGGAAGUUCAAAAUUGCUGUAACUGUUCCAGGAGAUAACUCGGUGGAUAUUCUCACAAAUGACAUUGCUACCACUGUGAUAACAAAUGAUCCAAAGAUUCGAGUGCAUAGCUUCAUCGGCUUCAAACCUUCGCAUUCUCUCGCUUUCAACCGGAAUCCUCACGUUUUUCUGGUUCCGAAAUCGACCCCAUCUGUUAUAAGAGCUGUCUCCACGCCGGUGAAGCCUGACACUGCAACUGAAACUAAGCGCAGUAAAGUUGAAAUAAUUAAAGAAGGAAGCAAUUACAUAAGAUACCCUCUUAAUGAGGAGCUGUUGACAGAUGCUCCCAAUAUAAAUGAGGCUGCCACACAACUUAUCAAGUUUCAUGGAAGUUAUCAACAGUAUAAUAGGGAUGAGCGUGGUGCCAGGUCGUAUUCGUUUAUGCUUCGGACUAAGAAUCCUUGUGGAAAAGUCUCAAACAAACUUUACUUGACCAUGGAUGAUCUUGCUGAUCAGUUUGGAAUUGGGACACUUCGGUUGACUACAAGACAAACAUUUCAGCUCCAUGGUGUUCUGAAGAAGGACCUUAAGACAGUGAUGAGCAGUAUUAUUAGGAGCAUGGGUUCAACUCUUGGUGCUUGUGGUGAUCUCAACAGAAAUGUUCUUGCUCCUGCAGCCCCAAUUGCGAGAAAAGAUUAUCUCUUUGCUCAGGAAACAGCAGAAAAUAUUGCUGCACUUCUAACCCCUCAGUCAGGGUUCUACUAUGAUAUGUGGGUGGAUGGGGAGAGAAUCAUGACAGCAGAACCUCCAGAAGAAGUUCAAAAUUGCUGUAACUGUUCCAGGAGAUAACUCGGUGGAUAUUCUCACAAAUGACAUUGGUGUUGUUGUUGUUACUGAUGAGAAUGG